GAAUGAAAAUUAUUUGCCAAUAAGGCCAUGGCUUUUGUGAUACUUCAGCUUGAGGGAUGGGUGGGGGGAGGGGCGCACUUUAAUGUUAAUAGACUAUACCUUGUGAUAUAGGCUACCUAUGAUAUCUACUUUUAUGGUUUUUGCAAAAGAUACAAAAUCAUUAGAUCCAAGUCAUGAAGCCACCAUGAUGAACUGGUGUUGGUUUUUAAAGUUUUCUAAUUUUGACGGAUGUACUUUUCUUGUUUCUUUAAGUAGAUGAUAUGGAUAUAUGCAACAGUAUAUGGACGUGGUCGGAAAUUGUGUGGACUUUAAAAGCUUCAGAUUUCUUAAGCUGUUCAGUUUUGUUCAUUAUUGAUUUACACGACGUAGAUCUAAAUACCAACAACUGAGUCGAUGGGUUUUGAAACUUUUAUGUGUUUGUUCUUUUAGGCCUAGUUGUAUGAGAUAGGAUUUCGCCAAGGAUUAUAUACCGGUCCUUGGGUUUCGCAUGUAUUUGACCCACAACAUAGCAAACACCUGGUAAAUCUGGCAAUACUUAAUGCAGGCCGUGAAACCACUAGAUCGAAGAGAGGGUGUUUCAAAACAUGUCUUGACAUUUGACAUCAUAGCGGUGCGAUGGCCAAUGCUUUAGGAACGUCUGAUCCUCAGUCUCCCCAACCCGGUCGAUUUGAAAGGGCCAUUCCGUUUCGUGAAUCAAAAGGACCUCUAGGUCCAUUCAAAGCCACCAAGAUAUGGAAAGCCCUCAUUGAACAUCUGAGAGCAAAAGUGGAGUUGAAGAGAAGACGUUACAAAAUGAGGCACAUCGAAUCAUGUUUCACAGGAACUGAUGCUGUUGAUGUUGUUUUGCACUUCCUCCUCAGUGACAGGGAGACAUUCUCAGCUGAUCUGACUCGAGAGAAGGCUGUGAAGGUAUGCCAGUUGCUGAUGCACAGAAAAGUGUUUCAGUCCGCUGUGGAAAAACAGAAAUCUGACAAACCGUCCAACUUUGAAGACAGUAGCAGUAAAUUGUAUCAAUUUCUUGGAGAGUAUGUUGUUGGUCCAAAUUUUCAGGAGGAUGCUGAGGAGGAGGAAGAAGAGGAGGAGGAAGAAGUCAGCUUCACAGAAACUUCUAAUGAAGCUCUCCACAAACUAACACCAUGUUUGGAGAAAAUGAGAAUAUCAGAUCAUGGUCUUGAUCCAGAGGAAGAACCAGCUAUGCCAACUCUAUCGCCAUGCUGCAAACCCUUACAGGAAAUCCAUGAAAACAAUCUGGGUCAGCAAAGUUCUGGUGCAGCUUCUUCUGUCACAGCCGGUGGCUCUCAUGUGGACUCUGUCAUUCUCGAAAAGCCAAUGAGAACCUUGUCCUCUGCAGAGGUGGAGGAGACCUGGAAGGAGGUGGCCUUGACCCAGCUGCUGACGCUGGUCGACCUGACCUUCCUGGAUGGGAUCCUGAGCGAGGAAAAGCAGCGCAGUCGUCAGCAGCAGCGCGACCACCUCAUCAUCUCCAAUAUCAUGGCCCGUAACUGGCACCUGCCCCUCAUGCCUAGCAGUCUCGACGCACCCUCCGACCCCUUGCUACAGACGGCCAUGGACUGCAUUGAAUGCCUGCCCAACGGUCUGAACUUGCUGGGAGAGCCGGUGUUCAAGCGUCGUGGAAUGGAGGCCAAGCUGUGGGCCAAGGACAUCAUUGUGAAGCACUACGCCAGCCUCGGGGACUGUCUGCUGCCGGAGAAAUUCAUGGAGCUCCAUGUCGCCAUUCUCAACCUCAUACUGGACGAUCAUCGAGAGAAUGCGCUAUCUGCCCUCCAGCUGUACAUGAUCCUGCUCCCGCCUGCUGCAAGGGAAGAGCUGUACCGUCUGCUCAAGUUCAUGCUGUCCCUGUCAGCGGACGAUACUCUUAGACUUGACCCUCAGGAAUCCAACGAGAUCACCAUACUAAGUCUACUAAGCAGUUCGAUAUUCCAGCACAAGCUGUUGGCAGCAAACCUGGCUCAAAAGCUAGUCCAGUUCCUCAUGAACAACAUCGACCGCAUCUUCAUCAUCCCUCGAGAAGUGCGGAAAAAAGUCGCGGGCAGACUCCAUGAGCUCAAGACAGGGAAACCGCUGCUCAGUUGUGAGUCCAGCUUUUGCAAUCGCGUAUCUGUGGAAGAGUUUGAACGUCAGUCCAAGGACUGCACAGAGGAGUCUCUGAUUGACCUGAUGAACACAGUGCUGGAUGAUACCAAAAUAUCCCUCAAGGACAAGAAACAGAGACUCAAGUUGUUUCAGAAGUCAUAUCCUAACCUGUAUGAACAAAAUUUUGAUGGCUUGUUAUGAAAUCUGCUUUCUGAGAAGUGUGUGUGGGUGGGGGGGGGGGGGGGGGGGGGGGGGGGGGGGGGUUGGCACCUGAAGAAUCAAAAUUGUUAUUUAUGGGCAGAUUUGAAUGAAUCUUUGCUGGUGAAUUAGACAUAUAGGGGAAGGAUGGUAUGCCAGGUUUUAGCUUUUAGGGCCAUUGGGUUAGCAUAGAGAUGGCAGCCAUUUUGAAUUAUACAAAAAAAUAGCCCAUAUUCAUAUACUGCCUUCUUUAUAAUGUUGAGAUUCAGCUAAGAUCUAAUCUAUCCUUUUACAUAGCACUCUGGUUUUUUAUUUUUCAAAUUCAUAGUUUCAGUAUUUUAGUAAAAUGCAAUUUUUUGCUGUCUAAUGGUAUAACACUCAUUUCAUCCAGUAAUAAACCAUACAAAAAAGACGAAGAAAUUUUUUAACGUGUUGAAGAAUAUACAUAUACCACCACUCUAAAGUAGACCGGUGAAAAAAGGUCAAAUGUGAGGCAGCAUGGUGGAAUCAGGCUCUCGUCAAAAUAAUCAAAGUAAAGAAACUUGCAU